AUAGUGCAGUCACAGCUCCUACUCUUAGGGAGCUUCCAGUCUAGUAGUGAAUAGAGUUCUUGCCAGACUAAUAGAGAAGAAGUGCCUAGACUUUGGGAUCCUCAAUCUCCUGAGGAAGACACAGCCCUUGCUUGGGCCCUCCUGGCAAAUAGGAUCUAGAAUUAGCAACCAUGAGUACCCCUCUGGCUUCACUUUCCAAGCUUCGGAGGGUGCCUCUGCAACAAGAUACCCAAAGCACAGGGAGGCGAUCUUUGCCUUCUCGGAUGAGAGUCUUUGGUGAGGAUGAGGAUGAGUUGCCAAGUGAUGGACAUGGUUCAGAAGAAAAGAGCUAUGGCUGCUCCCCAGAAAAAUCCUUUCAAAUGGGAAGAACUGUUGAGGAAACUGAGGCAGAGAUUAAGUGUUCAUGUUCCAUAGCCCAUGGUCAUAGGUCCCUGCCUCAUGACAUGGGCCUGAUCUCCACUUUGGUGAAGAGGGUAACUGAACUGGAACAAAAGGUGAAGAUGCAGGCUGAAGAAAACAACGUCAAGGACCAGUGGAUCAAAAACCUCAAGUCGAAACUCAAAAACCUGCAGAUAGACAAAGGAGAACAAAGACUUUCAAUUCAUACAGAAGAACUGGAAGCCAAGUGUCAGCGCCUUCAGAAUCAGGUCCAGGAGAUGGAGCGAUUUCUGAACGACUAUGGACUGGAGUGGGUGGGAGAACCAUCAGAGAUUGAAAUGGAGAUGGAGACGGACCUAGAGCCAGAAAAGUGGACCCUCAAGAAACUCUGGAAGCCAGGAGACUCCACGGUGCCUCCCAAGGUGGACUUUGAUGAGCUGCUCGAGAACCUACGAGAUCUCAGUCUGUUGGCUGGAGAGGGGCAGUCUUUGGUACAUACCUCAUCCAGCAUGGCGGUGCUCAAGACCCCUGAGCCAGUGCCCCUGACACUGUAUCAAAAUGGGAUCAUCAUGUUCAACGGCCCCUUCCGCCCCUUCUCAGAUGUCUCCACACAGCAAUGUAUCCAGGACAUCUUAGAUGGUUUCUUUCCUUCAGAGCUGAAGAAAAUCUACCCCAAUGGCGUCCCUUUCCAGGUGACAGACCUUCGCAAUGUGGUCUACCAGGAGAAGCACCUCCCUAAAGCCUUCUCAGGCCCAGGGUAUGUGAUAGGAAGUAUGAAUUCUAAGGAGUCUGAAAAGCUGCACGAGCCAGUGACGGACAGCAUCCCUUUUGUGGGGAACACCACCUUCUCCCAACCUCCUACACUCACCAAAGAGCAGUUUCUGAGAAAGCUUCCCAAAUUUGUGAUUCGGCAUGGGGAAGUGAUUGAAGUUCGGGAACCUAUCCGGGAAACUCUGGAAGGCUGCUCAGGGACCCAGGAGAUCUUGGUGGAGACUGAGAGUUUCCCACCGUCACUCUUCGGAUCAAGUCUGAGAACGGGGAGCAAUCUUUCGUGCUGCCCAUGUCGCCUCUGGACACCAUUGGGGAUGUCAGACGGUACCUUGCACAGGCCAGGGACAUGGACCCAGCCAUGUUUGAAAUCUUCAGUGUCUUCCCCAACACCGUGUACGCAGAUGAUUCAAAGACACUGCAGGCCUGUGGGCUGGUGCCCAAUGCCAUCCUGCUGCUUCGGCCCCCCAAGAAUCCACACUCAGCUCCCAGUCUCUAAUAAAAUCACAUCCCCCAGCCACUUUGGGGACUCAGUAAGGCUGCCCUGUGCGGUCCCUCUCUGGGGGAGGGGAGGCAGCCCAGCCCACAGCUGGCCCAGGGUGGGGCGGCCCUUUGUCUGGCUCCCGGAGCCCACGAGGCUGGAGGAGGCGGGCCAGGACGGAGAGUAACUUGGAAGGGGUGGUCCAGCCAGACUCCCUGUGACCAGAGCUGUCACCUCGAAGUUGGCUGAGCCUGGUGUGUACACACCCAGCGGGAAACACAGAUGCAAACCCCAAAAGCCCGGGGUACCUCCCCCUAGCAGGGAAGCUCCGGGGGACAAAGAGGCCGGCCGGCCGGGACACCCUUCCCCGACACCCCAAAGGACCCAUCACACACUGGCUCCGAGCCAACUAGAACAUAACAUUUAAUCUCCUGUGGAGAGAACAGGGCCCCGCUCAGCUGGUCACCAGGUGGCUGCCUUUGGGAGGGGUGGCAGCAGGAGGGAAGGUCCCUCCCCAGAGCCCCUGUGCUGGCUGAGGAAUGAGGGGGAGGGGAAGGAGCAGGGAUGUUCUAAGACUGAUGGAUGGGCAUGGAAUGUAGCCUACAGGGAAUGGAAUGGUCCAGGAGCACAGGCCGUGUGGGCAGUGUCCGGGAGGGGACAUGGGGUCUGGAUCUGAGAACUGGAUAUACAGUACAGGUAUAGAAAUUGGUCCCAGGGUCCUCCAGGGCUGGGAGAGGAAGUCGGGAGAAGGAAUUGGGGCAGACUCUGGGGGGGUCAGUCCAGCUUCAGGAACUCCUGCAGGGUGUCCUGUUCCACUGCCUCCACGAAGAGCUCAUAGUCCUGGGGAAGAAAGGGCACCCUGAGCGCUGGGGUGUCGGGGAUUCUGCCUUUAUCCACACCCCUACAGCUCGGCCUGGAGUCCCUUACCCCACAGUAUUGGUUCCCGUUGCAUAUUUGGGGUGGGAUGGCCUUGGGGUCCCCGGCCAGGGUCCUCAUCUCCUCCCGCAGGGCGUUGUCCUGGGAGAUAUCCACCAGUUCGUACUGGAUCCGCUUCCCAUCCAGAAUGCGGGUCACCUCACUCUGCUGGGACUUGAUCUAGGGGAGCCAAGAGGGGAAGGAUGGUGGGGGCAUUGUAGCCGAGGGCGUUAGGAGUCACGGUGUAGGAAAUGAGAAGCCUUAGGCACCAGGUGAGGCAGGGGGCGUCAGUGCCCAGAGAAGGGCCCCAACACCAGGACGAUGAAUGGGGGGCGGGUGCGCGCUGUUGGGGUGGGGGACAUUCCUCAGGCUGGAAGGGGUGAUCCCGGGGUGCGGGGAGAUGGGGCUAGGUCAGGGGUGGGGUCUACGGUAGGCCGGAGCCCCCAGCCCCGCCCCCCUAGAGGCCCGGCCCGGCUGCCGCAGCCCGGGCUGCAGACGGGAAGGCGGGGAAGCUCCUCGGACUCCCGGGUCCCGCUCCGCCCCCUCUUUCCGCGCUCACCUCCCGAGAACCGGUGACCGAGGUGCUGUAGACCCGGAGGCCACUCAUGUUGUAGAUGUGGCCCGGUGGCCGGACAGGGGGCCGCUCCGGGACUGCGCGGACCAGGCCGGGCCGGACAGCUGGAUAGACCGAAGAACAGCAGCAGCGGUGGCGGUGGCGGCAGCGGUGGCAGGAGCUGAGCAGGAGACCGUGGAACUCGGGAGGGGUUUCCUUCCUGCUCCGCCCCGUGAGUCAGAAGGGCUCGGGACCAAUGGGCGGGCCAGAAGGCGGAGUCUCCGCGGCGCGGCAGAGGCGGAGGGGUGGGGAGGGCUCCCCCGGCCUGUAGACGCCCGUCGGACUGAGCCUCCGCCUCGCGGGUUCCCGGGCCCUCCCCGAGGGGCGGGCGCGACCGGACCAGGGCAAGGCCUCCUUGGACGCUCCAGGCUCCGCACAAACACCCCCACCCUCACCGCGGCCCCUGAGGCUGCAGCUAGGCUGCCCUGAGCUUGUUUCCUCCCCCUCAUCCCUUUUUGAAGGCUGCCCUCCGAGGUUCUUCGGUCGUGGCCUGUCUGGCUGUAGUCUCCUCGUUUUGUUCCCUACCCAGUAGGGGUAAUAAAACCCAGGAAGCCAGUUAGAUCUUUAUUUUUUAAUCAAAAGUCAAUACAAACCGGUCCGUAUAACAAAGAUUCAUAUAAAUACUUGUGCUUAUCGACACUGAGGAAGAACAGCCCAGAGGUCCUCCUGCUCCCAGGUGCAGCAGGGUGCCUGAGGCCUGGCAGAGGGCAGGGGCUGGGCGAGCAGCUUUCCCCAAACACAGUCUAGAAAUUCAACACAAAACUAGAAAAGAGGGUCUCUGAAGGGCUGUAGCUCAUCUGCUCACUGACCAGAAGACUAGAAAAUCAGGGAUGUGCAAACUACUGGAGCAGCAAGGAUGGGUACC